AAAUAUCUACAAUAGCUCUUUCGCUCAGGCCCGUGGUGCUGGCAGGAUGGGCAAGUGUCGCGGUCUUCGUACUGCCAGGAAGCUCCGUAGCCACCGACGAGACCAGAAGUGGCAUGAUAAACAGUACAAAAAGGCCCAUUUGGGCACAGCCCUGAAGGCCAACCCUUUUGGCGGCGCCUCUCACGCCAAGGGAAUUGUGCUGGAAAAAGUAGGAGUUGAAGCCAAACAGCCAAAUUCUGCCAUCAGGAAGUGUGUCAGGGUUCAGCUAAUCAAGAAUGGCAAAAAAAUCACUGCUUUUGUACCCAAUGAUGGUUGCUUGAAUUUUAUUGAGGAAAAUGAUGAAGUUCUGGUUGCUGGAUUUGGUCGCAAAGGUCAUGCUGUUGGUGACAUUCCUGGAGUCCGCUUUAAGGUUGUCAAAGUAGCCAAUGUCUCUCUUUUGGCUUUAUACAAAGGCAAGAAGGAAAGACCAAGAUCAUAAAUUUUGAUGAUGAAAGCACGAUAGUAAUAAAUUUUCAUAUACCAAAAAUAAAAA